UACCUUUUGUGCCCAAAUGCCGUUGCUAAGAUUGAUGACAACCAUUACCUCAAAUCAUCCACCCAACAGACGCCCACCGACAAAGAUUAUGGCACUUCCCCGUCAAGUUCACCAUCGACGACGCUGCUACUAAUCAGAACUUCCUCACUCUCAUCAUCAACCUCAAGUCCGACAGGAGCUUGGGCGAAAGAGAGAUCGGCCAAGUCCACGUGCCUAUCAAGGAGCUUUGGACGGUUUAUGCCAAAAAAACAAUCUUCCUCGUUGCGAUCCUUCGAAUAUCUUGCCAUUGAGGUGCUGGAGUUGGCAAGGAGUGCAGCACGUGAUAACAAGAAGAACAGGAUCAAUCCAAGGCAUGUGUUUUUGGCUGUAAGGAACGACGAGGAACUGGGGAAACUGCUUCAAGGGGUCAACGACUCACCAUUGUCAAAGGUGAAGUUCUACCAAACAUCAACCGAGUAUUGCUUACCAAAGAAAACUACUACUUCGGAAUCCAAGAAGGUCUCCAAGUUGCAACUUGAGCUUCUUUGUCUAUAUCCACCUUUAGCGGAAAAACCCUUUUAAGGGAAUGUGAACUUCAUGGAAUUAUAUUAUUAUACUACGCCCUUGCAAACAAAAAUUCCACUUUUUGACUAGUUUAGGAUUCGCGCCUUUAAUUUAGUGAAGAU